UAUACUAUUUCAUGAGCGCCGACGUUUCCAUUUUCUUGGGCCAACUCAUCGGUCUCUAUGACACAGUAUAAUAUGUUUAUUUUCACUUCAAGAAGUAAUGAUUUGUGACUUAUUUAUUGUACGGUAAUAUAAUAUAUUAAAUAAUUAAAACAUGGAGUUGCAAUAUCUUGCAUUAUUCUUGAGUCUUUUCUGGCAUGGCUGCAACGGUAUUAUGUGGAGCUUGUCGCCGAACACACAAAAAUGCUUGAAAGAGGAGUUACACGCAAAUGUACUAGUCGCCGGUGAAUACGAGAUUGUACAAGUACAAGGGCAAAGGAUUGACUAUAUUGUGCGUGAUUCUAAAGGGCACAUCCUGGCACAGAAGGAUAACAUCCACAAAGGCAAAUUCACAUUUGUAACAGAGACUUAUGACACAUUUGAAGUCUGUUUUAUAUCAAAAGUACCUCCAGAAUACCGCGGUGUCGCACAAGAUGUUACAUUGGAUAUCAAAGUCGGAAUUGAAGCGAAGAAUUAUGAAGGCAAUUCUUGGAUUGGUGAAGCUGCCAAGUUGAAGCCAAUGGAGCUGGAGUUGAAAAGAUUAGAAGAUUUAUCAGAAGCAAUUGUUCAAGAUUUCACAAUUAUGAGGAAAAGAGAGGAAGAGAUGAGAGACACUAAUGAGUCGACAAACAAUCGCGUGCUAUAUUUCAGUAUAUUCUCAAUGUUCUGUCUCCUAAGUCUCGCCACGUGGCAGGUCCUUUAUCUGCGCAGAUACUUCAAAGCCAAAAAACUCAUUGAAUAACAUUUUUUUUUUUUUGUAAUUUCAAACAUGGAUGUAGUCACACUGAGACUUAACCAAUACAGUAAAUGAAGAUUUUUCAAAAAGAACAUAGAGCAUAGAGCACAAACUUUGAUAAAAAGAUGGAUCUAUGUUAUUUUUUUUUUAAGAAAUAUGCUUAAGUUUUAUGUAACUAGGAAAGUUGAUACUCCAUUAAUAUCUAAGUAAAGCAAUAGCUGUAACACGGAUCAUAUACAGCUCGACAGUCAUCACAAUUGUUCAAUGUGAUUACAUCAGUUUGCCUAGAUAUAGUGACUGCGUCACGUAUUAUUUAAAUGAAACAAAUUUCUUUUACUUAACAAAUUUAUUUAAAUGUUUGUUGUGUGUAUAUGAUCGAUAUUUUGUGGCUAAGGAUGUAAAAAAAGAUUUAUUAAAAAAAUUCACAUA